UUCCUCCUCCUCAAAUUCGUUCCCCCCCCCAAAAUCCUUGUAGAAAGAGUUCGAUUCACUCUGAAAAUGACUUCAGUUGAGGCUACAGAAACGCUUGACGCUCCUCCAAAGCUUCAGAUCUGGAACAACGCUGCCUUCGACGAUGGAGAUUCCCAGAUUACUUCCGCCAUCGAAGCUUCUUGGUCUCACCUCAACGAAUCGUUCGAUUCCGAUGGUAGCAAGGAGAAUCAGUUCUCAAUUUCGGUUUCCUCUUCCCUCCAAUCCUCAGUCUCGAUCACCGAUCCGCGAAAUGUUCAUCAAGAAGCUCCGUCGGCGAAAUCUAAAACCGCCAAGUCCAAAUCCGCGGUUGAUCGGAAAAAACGAGAUAUUGAUUCAGAGAUCGAAGAAGUAGAGAAGGAGAUCGGACGCUUAUCGACGAGAUUGGAGUCUCUCCGGUUAGAGAAGGCUGAGCAGACGGCAAGAAGCAUUGCUAUACGUGGAAGAAUCGUCCCCGCGAAGUUUAUGGAAUCUCAGAAACCGACAGUCAAAUUCGAAGAUUCCUCUCUCCCAGUAUCCAAAUCAAGAGCUACUCGUAGAGGCGUUAGUCUUGGACCGGCGGAGAUAUUCAAUUCUGCGAAGAAAUCUGAAAAUGUGACUCCUCUUCAAUCAGCUCAGAAUCGACGCAAGUCUUGUUUCUUUAAGCUUCCUGGGAUCGAGGAAGGCAAAAUGACGACGAAGGCUAAAGGACGAACGAGUUUGAGUCUGAGUCCGAGGUCUCGGAAAGCCAAGCUGACGGCGGCUCAUAAGCAAGCAGCGACGACUGUGGGAUCAAAGAGAGCGUUGAAGAAAGAAGAAGGAGUUCUCUCAUCAAUCCAGCCUAAGAAGCUAUUCAAAGACGAUGAAAAGAAUGUUUCUUUGAGGAAACCAUUGAAGCCAGGAAGAGUUGUGGCUAGCAGGUACAGUCAGAUGGGUAAAACGCCGACUGGAGAGAAAGAUGUAAGGAAGCGGUCGUUGCCUGACAAUGAAGAGAAAGAAAAUUACAACAGGUCAGAGAAGAGAAGAGCUUCUGAUGAAAAUAACAAGAGCGAGGGGAGAGUGAAGAAGAGAUGGGAGAUUCCAAGGGAAGUUGAUAUGUAUAGCAGUGGUGUGAAUGAUGAUGAGACUCCUAUAGGUAAGGAGCUACCUAAGAUCAGAACACUUCGUCGUCUGGGAGAAAGCCCUCGUGAUUCAGGUGCUGCUAAAAGAGUUGCGGAGUUACAAAGCAAGGAUCGUAAUUUUACGUUUUGCCAGCUUCUGAGGUUUGAAGAAUGAAAUGAUCCGGUUUUCAAAUUGAGUUACAAGACCUCAACUCUUGUUGUGACGUGACUUUGAUUGUGAAUUUGGUUGGUUUUGAUUUGUUUUUCUGCUUGCUUUUGAAUUGUAGAGCAAGAAUCUUUGUUCGAAUGCUUAAUGUCAUGUCUAAUACACAAAGAUUGUGAGUUUUGUUUAUC